AUGUCCAAAGAGGAGAAGCAGGACGCUAGCGUCGAGUCCGCGCCCGUUCAUAAUGAUCUCACUGCUGAGCAAUUAGGACAGAGGCAUGCUGACAAUGCACUGCUAGCUGAGCUGGGGUAUAAAAGCGAGUUCAAGAGGGAGUUUUCGCUCAUAGAAACUAUCGCGUUUGCGUUCUCUAUCAUGGGCAUCGUCGCGUCCGUCUCGUCGACCCUGUCAUUUCCUCUCGUAUCAGGCGGACAUGUCGGGAUGGUGUUUGGGUGGCUCAUACCGUGCUUCCCUGUCCUGUGCAUCGCCGCAAGCAUGGCCGAAUUAACUUCUGCAAUGCCAACAAGCGCAGGCCUGUAUUAUUACUCAGCAAAACUUGCACCGCCUAAGUAUGCCCCAUUGGCCAGCUGGAUCACCGGCUGGGCGAAUAUCACUGGUCAAGUUUCGCUUGUCUGUUCGAUUGAUUUUACCUGCGCUGAGAUGAUCACUACCGCGAUUGCGGUCGGGACUGAUGGGAGGGUCGUUCUCGGCUCAGGAGCGACGUUCGGCAUCCUGCUUGCCAUAUUGUUCUCCCAUGGCAUUGUGUGCUCCGCUGCGACGAGUGUUCUCGCGAAGCUCAACCUCUUUUACGUCGUAAUCAACGUGGGAACGAGCAUCGCGGCGAUCAUUGCUCUGCUAGUCGGUGCAGGGGACGACAGGGUUUCCACCAGAGAUGCGUUCACCCUUUUCGAAAACAACACCGGUUGGGCAAAUGAUGGCUGGGCUUUUCUUCUUGCGUUCACGGCUCCAAUGUGGACGUUGACGGGCUAUGACUCCGCCGCUCACGUAUCUGAGGAGGUAGCUGGGGCGUCACGCGCGGCGCCGAUAGCUAUCAUGGUUGGCGUCGUGGCGACUCAGUCAUUGGGAUGGCUCCUCUUCAUCGCCGCAUCGUUUGCAACGAAGUCUGUGACGGAUCUUCUCAACUCUGACCUUCCCUUGCCCAUGGGGCAGCUGUUCUUGGAUACAUUGGGAAAGAGAGGCAUGUUGACCAUUUGGAGUUUUAUCAUCGUUUAUGUCACCGGAGCUGCGCAGGGCGUAGAUGCGUCCCGCGUUGUUUUCGCGUUCGCUAGAGACAACGCGCUCCCUGGCUCGCGUUGGUGGAAAGAGAUGAACAGCAGAACCCAAACACCUGUCAACGCUGUCUGGCUCGUCAUGAUCCUUUCUGGAAUCCUCGGGGUGCUUGGGUUUUCUGAAGCCGCACUGUCAUUAUUUAGGGCCGCCGUAAUCGGACUGUAUACAUCUUAUGUGACGCCUAUCUUCCUACGCAUAACCUCCGGUCGAACCAAGCUUGUCUUGGGCCCUUUCAACCUUGGAAAAUGGUACACGCUGUCCGGGUCUAUCGCUGUCGCAUGGGUUGCAUUCAUCGUAGUUCUCUUGCUCUUCCCUACGGCACAAAAAACAACGGCAGCCGGCAUGAAUUACUCUGUCGUACUCAUUAUGGCUGUUUUCUUGUUUGCAGCAGGGUCAUGGGUCCUUUCGGCCCGCAAAUGGUUCACGGGUCCUGUCUCAAACCUUAGCAAGACGGCUUCUCGUGAGGAGGAAAAGGUAGCGUCAACAAAAAUAAAUUAG